UUGAGGUUUAGUAUUGGCCAAUACCAAUCCAAUACAGAAAAAUAGCUGAAUUGACCUAAAACGUUUCAUUUCAUAAACACAGACAGAAAUGUGCUGAAUUUACAAAUGUAUUUGAUAACUUUGCACCAGUACAGCACAAGUAAAUACGGCAAUAACUUCACAAACUUUUUCAAACAUGUAAAAACAACACAACUGCCAUUUGUUCAAUCUGUGAAAUUUUGAGUAUAACGGUCAAUGUAAGCUAAAAAAUAAAUAAACUGAAAUUGACAAAAACAACAGGAUGAACUCUUAUCAAACAUGUAAAACAAACUGCAACAAACCUUCUUUCGAAUAGUUCAAAAAUGCAAUUAGGGAUUCUAAAUAUAAUGUAAAAUAAAUAAUAACAAAAGUGUGACGUCGCUCACGGCACAAAGCAUAGAAUUAGACUGAAUAGAUCCCUUAUUGAUCAGACACAUUAUCACGGCUACCUGAACCAGAAUUUUUUUUUAAUUUUAGGAUUGAUACAGAUUUUAAUAUCAGAUCGGUGCGUCUCUAAUUUGUACGUAUACGUACUAACGAUUUACCUAUCUCCUGAAAGUUGUCAUUUUGAGUGACUCUGCUUUCGCUGUAGAUUCUGCCUUCAUCCAUUAGUCUUGUACACAUUUUACUGCAGAGUCACAAAGCCAGGCUUUCAGGCUCCAGGCCAGCUAAACGCUCUGACCGUCGUAAGUUUUGUUACCCAGAAGAUCUGGAUCUAUAACCCAUCCGUUAGCUCAGUACCUCAGAGGUCUCCGCUGAAACCCCUCCUCCGGCGCCACAUGGUAAUGAAUGCCGGUUGUAAACCUGACUGGAAGUUUCCCCACAUGUUAUUAUUAGAUUCUUCAAUCAUUUGAUGCGGGGCUACUAGCCAUGCUGAGGGGGCCUUACCGCCCAUCAUUAGAAGGCGUGAGACUCUGGAAAGUCUCUGAAAGCCCUUAAAGCAUAAAUUUGUUCUGUAAAAGUCUCUUGCCUUCAUGUGCGAGAUUGUCGACUAUUUAAUGAAACAUGUAAAUCUGUGUUUACAGUGAUGCCAGACUAAAGCGUGCUUUGGUCCUAUUGAGAUGUGGCUCCGUAAGUGUAGGCUGGAUGCCAUAAAACGUAACAGGAUGUACAGAUUAUUGGAUUUAAAUCAGAGGAGGGAGCUGCAUGGUGCUCACUCUUGCUGCUAUCACGUCUGGGAUCCCUUCCGAGACAUAAAUGCUGUUCGAUUAUGGGUAAUUGCUCCUGUAGCGCUCUUUAAGCAAGACGGAGGCAAAGGCCAAGUAAACAACUAAUUACUUGCAUUCUUCUUUCCGUCCUCUCAAAGUUUAUCCACAAAAACACUUUGAAACUGUUUUUUUCUAUGCAUUUAGUGCCACGAACGAAAAGGAUACCUGGCUAGCAACAAGUAAAGACACACCUCCACAAAAUGUGUGGAGUGGAUUUAAGUCUUACGUCCAUCUAGACUGCCAUGCCUGCAUUGGAGGUGAUCUGCAGCCUGAUUGGCUGGCUGUGCCUCUACCUGUUGUUCUGUUCCACCUUCUCUCACCGAGGGCCCGAGUGGAACUGCCGCUUGGUCACCUUGACCCAUGGCGUCAUCAUAGUGCUGCUGACGGCAUACGUUGUGUUUGUUGACGGUCCCUGGCCCUUCACACAUGCAGGUACAGAAAACACUGACCUCCAGAUAUUUGCCCUGGCAGUCUGCCUCGGCUACUUCUUCUUUGACCUGGGUUGGUGCGUGUGCUACCGGAGCGAGGGCCCAGUCAUGCUGGCGCAUCACGCCGCCAGCAUCGUGGGCAUCCUCCUGGCGCUGCUGAUGGGCGUGUCGGGCUGUGAGACCUGCGGGGUGAUCUUCGGCAGCGAGAUCACCAACCCGCUGCUGCAGAGCCGCUGGUUCCUCCGCCAGCUGGGACUCUACGACAGCCUGCUGGGCGACGCCGUGGACCUGCUCUUCAUCCUGCUGUUCGCCGCGGUGCGCGUCGGCCUGGGGACCGUCAUGUUUUAUUGCGAGCUCACUUCGCCCAGGACUUUGCUGAUAAUGAAGCUUGGCGGCGUGGUCAUGUAUCUGCUGGCCUGGGUGUUCAUGGUGGACAUCGCCAGGUUCGGCUACAAGAAGACCAGGGCCAAAUACAGGAAGUGGAUGGUGAACCGCGAGCUCAAAGAGACAAGCGAAGAAAAACCAGUUGGGCACGAAGAGUGAUUGAGAAGACUAACUCAACCGCUUUCACAUGUUUUUAACAGACGCUCCAUGAAUUUAUUUAUUUAUUUAUUUUAUCUGCGG